AUGUCUCGCUUUUUCCAAAUCCUGCUCAUCGCUUGCCUGGCCGUCGCGCUCUGUACCGCUGAAGCGCCACGCUACCGCAGCCGCAACGGCCGCCUACAACUAGCCAAGCAACACAGUCGUUUCUUGGCACGCCAGGAAGUCGCCGAAGAAGCUGGUGUUACGCCAUACCCCUCCGCCAAAGAAUUGAUACCCGAGAUUCCAUUCGAUGAAGCUGCAGCUGCUGCUGCUGCACCGGAGGUACCCGUUGCGCCUGAAGCCGAUGUAAAUGUUUCUGUGAACUCUGCUGCACAGCAACCAGCUGAUGACGAGGAAGAGGCGGUCGAAGCUGCUGUCGCUGAUGAUGCUGAGGGUGAACACGAGCCCGAUCUCAUCUAUGGCCCACCAGAGGCUGAGGAUGUGCCAGCUGUGAACGAAAUCACACCCGUUGAGGAAAUCGAAGCCACCAUUGCCGAGGAAGAGGAGCAAGCUGAAGCCGCCGAAGCUGCUGAGGAGGAAGAAACCCAAGCUGCACGUUUAAAAUCUGGUCGUCGCUUCAAUGUAGGCAAAUUUUCCGGUCGUCCAGCCAAGUUGCGCACUCCUGUGUCUACCCGUGCACGCACCACUGCCGUCAAGCCUGCACGCAUUAUCAAAGCCACGACAUUGGCCAAAGCUCGUCCCGCUCGCCUACAGCAAUUGCCACAACAACAACAGUUCUUGGUUCCCCAACAAUUUUCCGCUCUUCAGCAGGCACAGCGACCCAUCGUCUACUACUCCGCCGCUCAACUGCAGCAGUGGUAAAGCGGGCAAGCGGAAAUAAUUGAAGAUAUGACUAAAGGUUAUAGCCUAAUAGGGAUGAAGAGUUUUCAGCGCUUUAAGUAAAUACGAGAAGUAUAGAAAAUU